UAAAAGUAAACAGGAAAUCAACCUCCCUCUCUCUCUCUCUCUCUCUCUCCCUCUCUACGGUGUUCGCACCUUCGUCGACUUCGAUCACUGCUGCACGAUCUGCGCUCGAUUCCGGGGCUUCUCUCGAUCGAUCGAAUCGCCGAGGCGAGCGCGCGGCUGAGGAGAGAACACGCGCGCGGGAGGUCUCCCUGCUCGUCCGGCUCCGUCGCCGGCCAUGUCGUACUCCGAUUCCGACUCCUCCUCCUACGGCGGCGAUCACAAGACCAUCCGGCAAAUCACGCGCGAUCGGUUGUUGUAUGAAAUGCUACGGUCAACUAAAACUGGCGACUCUAAAUCGAAGUGGAAGGUACUCAUCAUGGACAAACUUACGGUUAAGAUAAUGUCUUGCUCUUGUAAGAUGGCUGACAUCACUGAGGAAGGAGUCUCAUUGGUUGAAGACAUAUACAGGCGAAGGCAGCCAUUACCUUCCAUGGAUGCUAUAUACUUUAUCCAGCCAACUAAAGAAAAUGUUAUAAUGUUUCUUUCCGAUAUGUCUGGAAGAUCACCUUUAUACAAGAAGGCGUUUGUUUUCUUCAGCUCUGCGAUAUCAAGAGAAUUAGUCGCUCAAGUCAAGCGGGAUUCAACUGUCCUACCACGCAUAGGCGCCCUGAGAGAGAUGAAUUUGGAGUAUUUUGCAAUAGACAGCCAGUGUUUCGUUACCGACAAUGAACGGGCUUUGGAGGACCUUUUUGGGGAUGAUGAGAAUACUCGCCGAGGUGAUGUGUGUCUGAAUGUCAUGGCUAAUCGCAUCGCUACAGUUUUUGCUUCAUUGAGGGAAUUUCCUUUUGUACACUACCGUGCUGCCAAGUCACUUGAUGCAAGCACCAUGACAACCUUCCGUGAUCUCAUUCCAACGAAACUUGCUGCUGGGAUCUGGAAUUGCCUAGCAAAAUACAAGCAAAGCAUUCCAAAUUUUCCUCAGACAGAAACAUGCGAGUUGCUCAUUCUUGACAGAUCCAUAGACCAGAUUGCUCCUAUUAUACAUGAAUGGACAUACGAUGCUAUGUGCCAUGAUUUGUUGAAUAUGGAGGGAAAUAAAUAUGUGCACGAGGUACCAAGCAAAACAGGUGGUGCACCUGAGAAAAAAGAAGUUAUAUUGGAGGAUCAUGAUCCUGUUUGGCUAGAGCUUCGCCAUGCACAUAUAGCAGAUGCUAGUGAACGGUUACAUGAGAAGAUGACCAACUUUGUAUCCAAAAACAAGGCUGCACAAAUUCAACAAAGAGACGGCAGUGAACUUUCCACUCGGGACUUGCAGAAAAUGGUUCAAGCGCUGCCACAAUAUAGUGAGCAAAUAGACAAACUCUCUCUCCAUGUAGAGAUUGCAGGGAAAAUCAACAGGAUUAUUAGAGAGACAGGACUUCGAGAACUGGGGCAGCUGGAGCAGGACCUUGUUUUUGGAGAUGCUGGAAUGAAAGAAGUAAUUAAGUUUUUAACUACAAAGGAGGAUGCAACUCGUGAAAAUAAGUUACGGUUAUUAAUGAUUCUUGCAGCUAUCUAUCCAGAGAAAUUUGAGGGUGAGAAGGGUCAUAAUUUGAUGAAGCUUGCAAAAUUACCCAUGGAUGAUAUGAAUGCGGUAAAUAACAUGAGAUUGCUGGGGGGAGCAACAGAAACCAAGAAAAGCAGUAUGAGUUCCUUUACUCUUAAGUUUGAUAUGCAUAAGAAAAAACGUGGAGCCAGAAAAGAACGAACCAGUGAAGAAGAAACAUGGCAGUUGUCGCGCUUUUAUCCCAUGAUGGAGGAGCUUAUUGAAAAGCUUUGCAAAGGGGAACUACCAAAGGAGGAUUAUCCAUGUAUGAACGAUCCUAGUCCUAGCUUUCACGGGACAUCGCAGGUCGUAUCAUCUAAUCCAGCUUCAGCUGCUCAUUCGAUGAGAUCAAGAAGGACACCGACAUGGGCCCGACCUCGCAAUUCUGAUGAUGGGUAUUCAAGUGAUUCAGUUCUAAAACAUGCAUCUAGUGACUUCAAGAAACUAGGCAACCGUAUUUUUGUGUUCAUUGUAGGUGGAGCUACCAGAUCAGAGCUUAGGGUGUGCCAUAAGCUUACAACUAAGCUAAGGAGGGAAGUGGUCUUAGGCUCAUCCAGUCUUGAUGAUCCUCCGCAGUUUAUCACGAAGCUGAAGCUGUUGACAGCACAUGAGCUUUCAUUGGAUGAUCUCCAGAUAUAAAUGGAGGGUCUACAAGCUGGAUAAGCAUCUGCUUACACAUGCAGUUGACUCCCAAGCAUAUUUUUUUAACAUGUUUUGUUGCAAGAAUGCCUCAUGGUACAGUGGAGCGCCUGUUCAAACCUAAUAUUCCUGAUGAGGAUCUCGCGACAAUGAUUCUUGAUUUAGGGUUGUGUGUCAUGUUCUCUUUUUUUGUUUUGUUUUUUUGUCCUUCCUAUACCUGGAGCCAACCAGCUGAUUCAUGUGUAUAAUAUAGCAACCAAGAGGAUGAGAACUUGACAGACGGAUCAAUGCAGUUUGUAAUUUGAUUGCAAGAUGGGCUCUCUUCAUGUCGGACAUGUCGAGUUCGUUUAUGCUGAAA